AUGCAAGAAGAUGAAUCGUACAGUAUCCUAGGAACUCUGAGAUAUGAUCCACAACUGACAACUAUAACCGAGGACAAAGAAGGAACGAGUACCUUUCUAACUGUGAAGUCGAAUUGGGGAUCAUACCACUUACCGUCAGAUGACAAUGGCUAUAAAUUUCCAGACUCAUUUGAUCUUAAUGAUGUUAGGAUAAAAACAGAACUUGGUGACAGUACAAAGGUUAAUUUCAGCGGGAAUAAAUACGCUAUCAUUGAUAUCACUCAAUACAAUUCUACAAAAUAUGAUGAUAUUAGACAUAUAAGGUCUAUUCUACUAGAAAGAUUUUUAUUUUAUGAGCAACAGAUUGGAAGAAUGAUAUUUACUGCUAAGGCGCUAGGAUUACGGGCUAUUCCGAGCCCCCAGAGUAUUCAAGAGUUAUUAUUACAAGGUAUUGUUGGACAUAAAGGUUAUAACUGGGAUAGUAGAAGUAACUUAAUAACAGCUCUUAAGAAAAAUAAUUCUACUUAUAAAAUGAGGAUUUUACUGGAUAAAGAAGGUGUGUUACAAAUUCAAAGAACGGAGAUACCAACACUACCGUAUUCCAUUAAUUAUUUCUAUAAAAAUAUAUUGGGUGGUGUAUUAGAAUCAACUGAACCAACUUGGGAUAUAUUCCUUGACGAUUACCCUAUAAUAUCAUCACGUUUUACUACAUAUAAGACAACUAAUCGUGACCACUACGAUUUUGCAAGACGUGUAUUACAGCAAAAGGUUUCAGCCUAUCGUACUGAUGAUAGCAUGGCGAAAAGUGAAAUAUUAUUAUUUAAUAAGGAUAAUAUUAUUACUGAGGGUAGUAUCACAAAUAUUGCGGUGAAUGUUACAGACGAAAAUGGUACCAAAUAUGUUACACCAUUUUUGACUUCUGGUUGUCUAUGCGGUACAAUGAGAUAUUACUUGCUCAAAAAAGGUUAUAUUGAGGAAGGUGUUAUCCAAAAAAGCAGCAUAAACGUUGGAGAUUCGAUUUUAUUAUUUAAUGGUGUGAUGGGAUGUGUUAAAGGGAUCGUGAGAGGGUGA